UCACAGAUCAGCAAAGGAUAUUUUGAAAAGUGUUCUGUUUUUUGGUAUUUAUGGCUGAGGAAAAACAAGGAUACGGAACUAAUCCUCCUCAAGAGCAACCUAAUGAGUCCUUGCCAAGGUCUUACAACCAGCUUCUGGGGACAAAUAAUCCUACAAAAACAAGUUGGCCUGAGCUGGUUGGAGUCACUGCAGAAGAAGCAGAGAAAAAGAUAAAGGAAGAGAUGGCUGGGGUUGAAAUUCGAGUGGUUCUGCCUAAUUAUGGUGUCACUUGUGAUUACAAAACCCAGCGAGUUCGAUUGUAUGUUGAUGAAUCUAAAAAGGUCAUCGAGACUCCGAUGAUUGGCUAAUCCGUCUACCAAAUAUCAUUUAAUAGUUCAAUGUUUUCGUUGGUCUUUUGCUGCUUUGGCUGAGACAAUAUCUUCAUGUUACUUGGCCAUUGCAAUAGCUGUAUAUUAUAUUAUGGUUUGACUAGAACCUUGGGCUAGAUUAUGUUCUAUAUAAACCAAUAACAAGGAUUCUUGUGGAAAAUUUGUUCUAUCUGCUUGUAUAUUGUAAAACUUGU